AUGAACGAAAAUACCACUACGCAGAGUCAAGCAAUAACUGAUCAUAAUACAUCCCAUACGGUGACAAUCAGUGAGCCACUACCAGUUUUGCAACUUCGGGCAUCAAAUUCGCAUGCCAGAGAUGAAACGGAAGUUGCUCAAAGGACUAGUGCGCGGCCACAACGAAAUCAAGUCAGGUGGGAGCAAGAUGUGAUCGAUAAUGAGCACAUGAACAAAAAAAAGUCCAAAAUCUGUUGCAUUUUUCAUCCGCAGCAAAAUUUUGAUGAUCUAGAUGAUGUAGAAUGUGAUCAUUGUUCCCAUAGCAGCGACUCCUCUUCGUCCUCUUCUUCAGAAUCGGAUGCCGAAAAGAAUAUGGAUAUAGAUAGUAGGAGAAAGCUGAGAAAAGAACGGCGCCAUAGAAAACUUCAGCAUAAGAGAUCUUCAAGUCCUAACGCGUACGAAAUUCAACCUGAUUAUACACAACGUAAAAGUAAGCACUAA